AUGAAAAUAUAAAGCACUGAAUAUAGAGUUCCAUAUUAUUAAGUGUACAAAGGGAAUUCUAAACAUUGCUUAAAGGGAAGGGUAGUAAUGGGAUAUUCUAGAAUGAUGUUUUUGUUUACAUUCAUUUACCUAAACGUUAUUUCCUUAUUAUAAUUAUUCAGGAUUGACCCUGAUUAAAGAUUAUUCAAUACAGAGAUAGCUUUGAUACUUUUGACUGAUCUAUUUAUGAUUUUAACUGUAUUUAGGGAUCCAGGGAGAAUACCAAGAAUUACCUCCUAAUUUUAAAAAGUAAGUGAUUAAAAUGACUAAAGUAUUCUGAUUGUUACUUAAUUCCACAUAAGUAAAGGUAUGGUGGCGAGUUUUUGAUUGUAAAUGAAAAUAAAGUACAAGAAUUAAAGUUUUGUGAUCCUUGUUAGAUUUACAAGACAAGAUCAACAGCACAUUGUAGAAGAUGUGAUAAUUGUGUUGAAGGUUUUGAUCAUCAUUGUUUAUGGUUAGGAUAAUGUAUUGGCUAAAGAAAUUAUUGUACGUUUUAUUUGUUUAUUUCUUUUUUAACAAUAACAUAAAUAUUUUGUAUAUGUGUACAAAUAAAACAUAUACUAUAAUUAUCAGAUAUGAGUAGAAUAGAAUUUAUUAUCUAUUGUAUUAUGACAUUUGGACUAUUUGGAUUUGCAACUUAUUUAUUCUUGAUGCAUACAUACUUUAUUUUAAUAAAUAAAACCACUUAUGAAUAUUUGACAACAAAUAGAUUUGUAAUAAAUCACCAUAUGUUAUAUUUUUAUUAAGGAGAUGGAAGUUUAUUACCAAGAAGAUUAAUUAGAUUUACAAAAAGUAUUUGGGAGAAAUUAUUAAAACCAAAUAGAAUAUUAUUUUAGUCUCUUAAUAGUAAGGUAAUAAUUUUUGUAUUUAUUUAGAUAUAUUAUGAUGUGCCAUCAUUUAUAGAGCAAUAAAAAAAGUAAUAAAAAAUAUAAUUUAUUAUAAAUGAUACUUUGGAGAAGAUAAUAUUGGAAGAUAAGACAAAAACUUAUUAAAGUGAAUUAUGCAGUGAUAAGAAAAUGGUUAUAAAUCAAGAGUAUUAAUUUAUUGUGAAUUAAGGUUUUUAAAAGGGGAUUCUGAAUAAAAUAGUGAAUAAUUAAAUUAAUUAUCACAUGAAUGUUCUUAAAGAGGUGAAUAAAAAGAUUUAAAAAUAUAUGAAAUAAAAAAGUUAUCUCAUGUGAAUUAGAAGGAUCGAAGUAUUAGGUAGACAUAAUCAGGUAGAAAUAAACAAUAUGAUAAAUUGAAUAAAGAUUUCAAUGAAAUAUAACUAAUUGAUAAACUUGACUGA